AUGAAGUACUCCGCUGUCGCCGUUGCUGCCUUCGUGGCCAUCGCCUCCGCCCAGGAUAUCUCCAUCAUCCCCGAGUGCGCCCUUCCUUGCAUCGACAAGGCCGCCCUCAAGGUCUGCACUUCCAAGGAGGACUACAAGUGCAUCUGCGAGAACAAGGAGUCUCUUGUUGGCGCCGCCACCACCUGCGUCAUCGGCGCUUGCGGUGCUGAGGUCGCUCUCCAGGAGGUCCUCCCCGCUACCGAGACCUUCUGCGAGGAGGUCCUUGCCGGCGGUGACGCCCCCGCUUCCUCGGCCGCUGCCACCACCGCUGCCCCCGCCACCAGCUCCGCUGCUGCUGCUCCCUCCAGCUCCGCUGCUGCCGUCACCACCUCCGCUGCCGCUGUUGAGUCCAGUGCCGCUGCCACCACCCUCGCCCCCAGCGCUUCCGUCCCCGCUCCCUCCAGCAACGGCACCGUCUCGGUCGCUCCCCCCGUCUCUUCCUCCCCCGUUGAGGCUGGCGCCGCCGUUGCCGGCUACAUCGGCUCUUUCGGUGUUGCCGCUCUUGCUGCCCUCGCUGCUUUCUAA